UCUUCCCCCCCUCCCUUUCUCUUCUCUUCUUCAUCCCACACAUAUCUUUCACAAUGGCCUUCGGAAAGCUCUACGGUGCUCCUGAGAACGCUCGCACCAUCGCCAUCCUCGUUGCCGCUAAGGCUAACGACGUGGAGUUGGAGCUUGUCAAGACCGAGCCUAACUCUGCUGCUGCUUUCAACCAGUCUGCUGAGUACCGCCGUAUCCAGCCCCUCGGCAAGGUCCCUGCCUUCGAGGGUGCCAACGGCUACACUCUGUCUGAGGCCAUUGCCAUCGCCGUCUAUGUGACCUCCCAGAACGAGAAGACCACCCUUCUGGGUAAGACCAAGCAGGACUACGCUUCCAUCCUCCGUUGGUUGUCCUUCGCCAACGCUGAGUUGCUCCCCCGCUUCGCUGGCUGGUUCCGCCCCCUGCUCGGCCUUGACUCCUACAACAAGAAGAACGUCGAGGAUGCUCAGAAGCUUGCCCUGAAGAACGCUGGCGUUCUCAACUCCCACCUUACUGCCAACACCUUCCUGGUUGGUGAGCGUAUCACCCUGGCCGAUCUUUUCGUUGCCGCUCUCUGCACCCGUGCCUUCGCCACUGUCUUGGACAAGAAGUUCCGUGACGAGCACGUCUCCUUCGCUCGUUGGUACAACACCAUCAUCAACCAGCCCGCUUUCAAGGCUGUUGUUGAGAACCCCGUCUUCGUUGAGGAGGCCAUCAAGUACACUCCUCCCAAGAAGGAGGAGAAGCCCAAGGCUGCUCCUGCCCCCGCUGCUGCUGCCCCCGCCGCCGAGGAGAAGCCCGCCGAGGAGAAGAAGUUCAAGCACCCUCUUGAGGCCCUCGGUCGCCCCGAGUUCGUCCUCGACGAGCUGAAGCGCCAGUACUCCAACGAGGACACUCGUCCCGUUGCCCUGCCCUGGUUCUGGGCCAACUACAAGCCCGAGGAGUUCUCCCUCUGGUCCGUUAACUACAAGUACGACAACGAGCUCAAGCUUACCUUCAUGGCCAACAACCUGAUUGGUGGCUUCCACAACCGUCUUGAGGCCUCCCGCAAGUACCUCUUCGGUUCCCAGCAGGUCUACGGUACCAACUACGACUGCGUCAUCCGCGGUGUCUUCCUUGUCCGUGGCCAGGAGUUCAAGCCCGCUUUCGACGUCGCCCCCGACUGGGAGAGCUACGACUUCGUCAAGCUCGACCACACCAACGAGGCUGACCGCAAGCUCGUCGAUGACAUGUGGGCUUGGGAUGUUCCUGUCGUCAUUGACGGCAAGGAGUACCCCUUCGCUGACGGCCACGUCUUCAAAUAAGCUAGUGCACCCCCCCGAGGUCGUCGUAGCUGUGCCUUAGCGCCGACUCAUUAUUGAUGAUGAUGAUAUCCCAUUUUCUUUUUCUCUCUCGGCGAAGAGUGAGCCUUGUAGAUGAGCACACAAAACACAACCUCCACAUCCUCCAUCGUCCAUCCCAGCCCGCUCAAGAUAGGGAAGAAGUGUGUGUCACGGAUAACAGCGUUGAAAGCCCGCCUAUUCCUCGACUCCACUACAUCCUCAUCUCUCCUAUAACCUCCCACCAUUCCCUCGAUAUUACCCGUUAUGGACUGGCUUUUGUGUGCUUUAAUCUGCACCCUCGCUCAAAAAGAAAAGCUUUUUUAGCCAACACUUUUUUUCAUGCGUCACGUCAAGCUAUGCUUACGAUUCGGACUGGAUGAUAGCAGUACAGUAGCUGCCUGUUAAGGCUCAAAAUGAUGAACUACAGCACUGUUGUGCUUUUCCAUGACCUGAA